UUUGAAGCUGCAACUCAAAAAUGUUCAGUGGAAAAUGAGAGAAAAGCUCGAGACAUCAGACUGUAAUGAUGACCUCACCCCUGAGAACCAGAGAGAACCACUGAGAACCAGAGAGAACCAGACAGAACCAGACAGAACCCAUGGUCCUCACCCGCUGCUCCAGAGUCUCAUCAUGUCCAUGGACCUGGCUCCACCUCUGUACCUGCCCCAGGAGGAGUUUGUCUACAGGAAGACGAGCACAACCUUCACACCUGCUCUGACCUUCCCAGCGUCCCAGCCUGAGGACAGAGCGGCGUCCUGUGGAGACGCAGGAAAUGCCAAAAAGAAAGUCUGGUUUGCUGAUGACAGAGGUUUGUCUUUAACCAAGGUGAAGGUCUUCUCCCAGUUCAACGAUCCCAUCGAUAUCCCUGCUAACAUCCAGGAGAUGCUGAGCGCCUCUCUGAGUCUGACGGCCGAGGAGGACAAGCUGGUGCUGGACUUCGUUCAGCCGUCCUCCGACUACCUGCUCUUCCAUCAGAGGCUGGAGAGGAAGCUGGUGAGCCUGGAGCGCUGCGUGCUGAAGGACAAGACGCUGACCGGAACCGUCAAAGUCAGAAACACGUCGUUUGAGAAGCGUGUGAAGCUGCGGGUGACCUUUGACACCUGGAGGAGCCACCUGGACGUGGACUGCGUGUACACGAAGGACACGUACCCCGGCUCGCACAGCGACACCUUCUCCUUCCAGGUGUGUCUGCCCGAGGCGCUGCUGCCUCACCAGCACGUGGAGUUCGCUGUCUGCUACGAGGCGGACGGAUGCAAGUUCUGGGACAGUAACCACGGCAACAACUACAGGAUCGUCUGGUCCUCGAUGAAGACGAGUCAGCGGGACGCCUGCGGACGCCACACGGGCUCCCGGGACUUUGGGAUCCACUUUGACCCGUACGGCAGCCCCACCUGCUCACAUGGGAUCUUCCCUGAUUGGCCGAGCUAUGCAGGAUACGAGAACAUCGGCCCGUACUACUGAACAUGUCUCUGCUCAUUAACAUGUGAGAGUUUAAUUACUGUGAAUAUUCUGUGAAUUAGUCAAAUAUUGAGUAGAAAAACAUAAAAUUAGAUUUUAUUUCAAACAUUCAUCAAUAGACAUGUUUUAACUUUAAUACCUUUUCAUCAUAUGAGUUUGUUUAUGUUUUCAAUGAGAUUCAUUCUAGUUUAUUGUGUUAGAAAUAAAUGUUAAUAAAGUAGUUUUGAUCAGGAAACAC